AUGACGCUUGUCCCAAUUCUCAAACCAAAAGUUGAUGUGCCAGUAGUUCGAAAAACAAUCGAAUCAACGAUUGCUGAUCGAAAAUUGGAUGACAGAUUCGAUGGAUUCAAGGAAAUCGACAGGAAUUUGUAUAAAACCCCAUUAGAUCAGAAAAAUCUGUCAAGAGCAGAGAUAUCCGAGUUGCAAUUAGGAGGUGGAGAUAUGAAAGUUUAUCCGUUCCAUGAAGAUUCAACGGUCGAUAUUCCACCUCCGGUUGCAAGUUUCAGACAAGCUUUUGGCGAAAAUGGUGAGUCACUGGGUUUUUUAAACGUUUUUAACAUUCAAUUGGUUUCAGAAGCCCUGAUAAACGAGUUGGAAAAGAAUAAAUUCACCAAACCAACCUCUAUCCAAUCUCAAAUGUGGCCAAUUCUUCUCUCCGGUCAGGAUUGUAUUGGUGUUUCACAAACCGGUUCUGGAAAAACGCUCGCAUUCCUUCUACCAGCUUUCCUACACAUCGAAGCCCAACUCAAGAAUUAUUCAGCAAAUGAGAAGAAACCUUGUCCAUUUGUUCUAGUCCUAAGUCCUACCAGAGAACUGGCUCAACAAAUCGAAGGAGAAGUUCGAAAAUAUAGUUAUAAUGGAUAUCAAAGUGUUUGCUUAUAUGGUGGAAGUAGUCGACAAGAACAAAUCAAAGCAUGUGAGGGAUCCCCGGAAAUUGUUAUCGCUACACCUGGAAGACUUGCUGAUUUAUCAUCGGAAGGAAUUAUUGAUUUGGGAAAUGUUACGUAUGUUGUGUUAGAUGAAGCUGAUCGAAUGUUAGAUAUGGGUUUUGAAUCAUCAAUUCGCCGAAUUCUUAUUGAAGUUCGUCCAGAUAAAUUGGUCGCUUUGACAAGCGCAACUUGGCCAGAAAAUGUUCGCAAAUUAACUGACAAUUAUACAAAACAAGCUGUUAUGGUAGUUAAUGGAAGUCUUGAUUUAACCGCUUGUCAAACAGUCAAACAAUAUUUCGAAUUCAUUCCACAUGAUCAACGAUUCGAGCGAACAUUGGAAAUUGUCGAUUUUUUGAAUAAAACACAUCAAAACAAUUAUAAGAUGAUUAUUUUUGUCAAAUCCAAGGUUAUGGCUGAUCAUUUGUCUUCAGAUUUUUGUAUGAAGGGAAUUAAUUCGCAAGGUUUGCAUGGUGGAAGAUCGCAAACAGAUCGAGAGAACUCGUUGAGAGAUUUGAAGUCGGGAAAGGUCCAGAUUUUGGUGGCGACUGAUUUGGCGAGCAGAGGAAUUGAUGUGCCAGAUAUUACGUGAGUAAUUCAAUUUAUUUUGCGAGAAAAUUGAGUUUAAACUCGAGCGAAAUGUGGUUUUCUGCACAAAAAACAAUAAUUUUCAUGGAAAUCACUAUUUUUACUGAGAAAUCUAAUAUUUGGAUCAAAAUGAGCCUAGCAAAAUUGAAAGUAGUUUAGCAAUUUUUGGUAAAAACAAAUUGAAAUUUCCAUGAAUAUUAUUGAUGUUUGGUUUCGUAAUCCAUUAGAAAUCAAUGUUUGACUCAAACAAAAAUUUUAAAUAAUUUUGAGAAAGAAACAUUCAAAAACUGCUGAUUGUCAGGAAAAGUUAUCUAAUUUUUGUUUGAAAUGAAUGUAAAAUCUGUAGGACCUCAAAAUUCACCUUUUCCCUCCGAAACCCUUCAAUUUUCCAGCCACGUUCUCAACUACGAUUUCCCAAUGGAUAUUGAAGAAUAUGUUCAUCGAGUUGGUCGAACUGGUCGAGCUGGUAGAAAUGGCGAAGCAAUGUCAUUUUUGUGGUGGAAUGAUCGAUCGAAUUACGAGGGAUUGAUUUCGAUUUUGGAGAAAAGUGGACAACAAGUUCCGGAUCAACUUCGAAAUGAUCAUCGAAAAUAUGUGGAGAAAUGUAAACAAGGAAGAGAUGGUCCGAGACCGGCUCGUGGACCAAGAAAUGACAAACAGAGCCAAUUUCAAUCGUCUUAUUGAUUGGUUAAUGAAAAGGUGAGGAUUUAUUGUUUUUUUGUGGAAAAUGAACACUUUUCAAAAAAAAAAAAUGAAGUUUUCGAUAAAUUUCAAUGUUCUGUUCAGAGAAUGUUUGAAAAUUCUUUGAAUUUUUUCCGAAAAAUAUAAUGUUUGUUUCAAAUAUUCUCUGAAACUUUCUGUAAAAAUUAUAGCUGUGUUCCCCAAAAAUUUCCAGUUUCCAUAGAAAUUUCCAAUCAUAAAAAAUUCCCCCAAUUUUUCCAGGAUUCUCCUUCCUCUUCCAAAUUCAAUUCAACUCAAUUCGAUUGAUAAAUAUGCACGGUAUAGUAUUUUAUAA